UCAUAUACAUCUCGCGUCUCCUUCUUCUCUCCUCCACCUCUACAACACAUUCUUUCCUCUGCUCUAUCGAGACUGCUCCAUCUCUUCAAUGGCAGAUCACAAAGAUCAACGCAUGAUAGAUCCUCUCGAAGAGGAUCCAACGUUCAUCCCAUCAACGAAGACAUCAAUGGCUGCAAAGUCGCUUCCUGGUUCUCACAAAGAGUCAAAGCCAGAGCUAGAAUCCAAUGACGAUGAAGACAUGAUAGAUCAAUUCGUAGAAGACUCCAAGAAACAGAAACUCAACGAACAACAAAGAAGAGCCUUUUACUCUGUUCUUCUUGCCUUCAGAGCUGAAACCUUGUCAUCAGGAAACAAGAGAACUCAGAUCAUAGAGAAGCUCAUGAGCGAGUGGAGUAUUGCUCAAGAAACUCUCGUCUCUUUUGAGGAUAACAUUGAGAAGAACCUUGUCGCCCAUCAAGAAAGGGUUGAUUCAGAAGCGAAGGAAACGAAAGAGAAGCCACUGACCAUAAGACUACCUGUAAAGCAGAGCGUUGAUUUGGGGCUUUUCAUAACAAAGUUGCAGGCAAAGAAACCAACACUGUGUUCGAGCUGGGGCAGAGUUAAUCCGGAGGCUCUAGUUGGAAGAAGGGUCUGUGUAAGAAUGCCUGGUGAAGAUGAGUUCGAAGUCUUGGUGAUCAAAGAGUUUAACGCUAAAGAUGGAACACAUCGCCUUGCGACUGUUGACCCGAACGUGAUGUGGUUGAAUGAAGCGUUAAGCUGGAUGGAUGUUAGGAAGGUUCCGGAUGAAGAUAUUAGAUGGAAAAAUGGAGAGAAGCCAGACUUUGAAACUCCUCCAGGAUCCGGUGCAGGACAAUGAUGAGUAUCAUCACUAUAAGCAUCUUAUGCACUUUGAUUGAUUGAGAUCUUUAGUACUUGUAAAAUAACCCAGAAACGGGUCAAGUCUACAUGUUGAUUCCAGUAGCGUCUUUUGUUAAUGGUUGCCUUAUUGCCAAACACUUGAUUGGUAUGUGAGGAUUGAAAAUAACGGUGGAACCUCUGCUUGACAUUCUGA